AGACAGGCAGCACAGGCUGAACAGCCUCAGAGCCGACACUCCACAGACUGGACUCUUUACCCACUGACUGCAGACCUGAGAGGACUCCUUAUUACAUCAUUACAUCAGUCAGAGGAUCAGAACCUGUGGAUCUGACGGGCACUAACACACUCGGACAGCUUCAGGGAAACACACACACACACACACACACACACACACACACACACACACACACACACACACACUCCUACAUGGAGAUUGAAAGCAUGGUGGCAAACAGCGCGCUCAUCAAAGCCAGAGAAGGGGGAGGGAGCAGAGGCCGGAGCUACAAAUGGAGAGAGAUGCUCCGCUUUGCUCACAUCAGCCAGUGCGUGGACCAGGCCAUGAGCAUAGAGCGAGAGUACUACAGUCUGUGUGUGAAGCAGCCAAUUGGGAAGAAGCUCUUUCAGCUCUUCUGCCGGAGUCGACCUGAUCUGCAGAACUACAUCUCCCUGCUGGACGCUCUGGACGCCUUCGAGAUGAAGUCAGACGAGGAGAGGAAAGAUUUCGGCCUCAGCAUCAUCCAGAGAUUCCUCAUGAGUCAGUCGAUCCAGUGUGUGUCCGUGGUGCAGAGGCACGAGCAGAGCUGCAUCCACAGCCUGGAGUUCGACCCCUGCAUGGACGUCUUCCACCGCUGCACGGAAGACCUACACAGCUACCUGAGCGGAGAGCCCUUCAUGCAUUACCAGCAGAGCAUGUUCUUCGACCGCUUCGUGCAGUGGAAGAUCCUGGAGAGGCUGCCAAUCACCAAGCAGACGUUCAGACAGUACAGACUGCUGGGGAAGGGAGGCUUUGGAGAGGUGUGGGCGUGUCAGGUGCGCGCCACAGGGAUGAUGUACGCCUGCAAGAAGCUGGAUAAAACCCAUGUGAAGAAGAGGAAGGGGGAGGCCAUGGCUCUGAACGAGAAGCAGAUCCUGGAGGGGCUGGACAGCAGAUUCGUGGUGAGUCUGGCGUACGCCUACGAGACGAAGCACGCCCUGUGCAUGGUCCUGACCAUGAUGAGCGGGGGGGAUCUGAGGUUUCACAUCCACAACAUCGGGCAGCCGGGCCUGGACAAAACAAGGGUUCGUUUCUACGCUGCAGAGGUCUGCUGCGGACUGAUGCACCUGCACAGCAAGUCCAUCGUCUACAGGGAUAUGAAACCAGAAAACAUCCUGCUGGACGACAACGGACACAUCCGCAUCUCUGACCUGGGCCUGGCUGUGAGGCUGAGUGAGGGGACGCUGGUGAGAGGCAGGGUGGGAACCGCAGGGUACAUGGCCCCCGAGGUGAUCGGACACAAGCACUACGGGAUGAGCGUGGACUGGUGGGGUCUCGGCUGUCUGGUUUACGAGAUGACGGCGGGGAAGCCCCCCCUCCGAGCCCGAGGAGAGCACCCCAAAGCCUCGGAGAUGGAGAGGAGGAUCCAGAACCAACAGCUGGAGUUCGGGGAGAAAUUCGGAAAAGCUGUAAAGAACCUCUGCUCCUCCCUGCUGAAUAAAGACCCCAAAGAGAGGCUGGGAUGUGGGGGUCCGGGGGGGGCGGAGGUGCAGACGCAUCGUUUCUUCAGGAAGAUCAACUUCCGGAUGCUGGAGGCCGGACUCGUGCAGCCGCCGUUCAAACCUGAUCCCAGACUGGUGUACUGCAGCGACGUGCAGGACAUCGAGGAGUUCUCCACGGUGAAGGGGGUCAUCCUGGGUCAGACCGACAGCGAGUUCUACUCCAAGUUCAACACCGGCAGCGUCCCCAUCAGCUGGCAGAACGAGGUGAUCGAGACGGGCUGUUUCAAGGAGCUGAAUGUUUUCGGACCUGAAGGAUCCAGAUCCUCAGACCUGGACUGGACUCAGACCCCCGAGAGCCCCAAACGCAGCCUGCUGGACCGGAUCUUCCGCAGAAACCACCCCCAGGAUGCGUCCGAUGAGAGCAGACACAGUUUGAUUUCCAGUGAGAACUACUUGAAGUCGGGCCUGGUGAGCACGACGCUGUGAGGACGCUCAGAGACUCAAAGACACUGAAACACAAACGCUGGAGGAGAGUUUCCUGCCCCAGCUUCACUAUAUCAGCACUUCUUCAUUGCUCCUCAGUGUCAUUGACGCACAUCCUUUAUUAAAUCAAACGCCUUCAGUAGCAGAAGCACGAAACACAGUAUGACAUUAAAACUGACUUCACCAGUAGAACUGUUUUAGCAGAAGAGGCCGUUUCAUUCAGACUCUGUGAUCUCUUUUAUAAAUAAUAAACCGUAGUUAUUUUUC